AUGGCGUCCACAGCAUUCACAAUCAGGAUUCCCUCCCGUGCGCUCAUUAGACUGCGCGGGACGGAUGCACAUGAGUUAUUACAAGGCCUCUUUACGAAUGAUUUGCGUGAACUGCGGCCUGGGGGCAGCCUAUGGGGCUGCUUUCUUUUCUUUACCGGACGGGUUAUGUGCGACGCCUACCUCUACCAGAGCAAAAAAGUCUACAAAGGGCAGUCUGCCAUCCUUGUCGAUAUUCACCGGAGCUGCCUCGAGCAUCUCAUGGAGCACCUUUUCGAAAUGAAGAUGCGUAAGAAGGUGCAGAUCGAUGACGUCUCCAACGAGUUAGCCGUUCUCGCCUCGUAUGAACCAAGUAAUGCGCAACCAGUAGACCUCGACACUGUGCGGCAAUCCGAGGAAACUAGCCACCUAUCGGACCGGAACGAUGCGGAUCAAUCCGAUGGGAACCGCGUGGGUAGCGGGAAAGAUUCUUCGACGCUCCUCGAGGCUCAUGCAGAGCAUUUUGAGGAUCCCCGUAAUUUUGCUUUAUCGUAUAGUCGUGCAUGCGGUGAGGGCCCCUUGGAGACUCAUACUUCCUCAGCUCCCUUGCUAACUAAAACCAUCAUGUCGCGAUCCUGGGCGCCGAGUACAACUCUUUGUGAGGAUGUCUACCAACAGCUGCUUCUUUCCAACGGCAUCGGUGAGGGCCCUGAGGUGUUCAAGUACAACAAAACACUUCCAUUCGAAUCAAACGUGGAUUUCCUCAAGGGUGUCUCCUUCCAUAAGGGCUGUUAUGUUGGGCAGGAGCUUACACACCGGACCCACGUCAUGCUGGUGACGCGCAAGCGUAAUGUACCUUUGGUGUUUCCUACCGUAAAAAGUUUAGCGAACCCGUCAUCGUUGUCAUUAACUGGGGAAAUAUCUCCGUCUAUUGCGAUCGGUGAAGGGCUUUAUGUUUCUGGAAAGGAAAAGGUAGGCGAGAUAACCACCAUAAGUGGAUGCUACGGCCUGGGUCUAAUCCGGAUGAAAUACGUCGAUAAAGAGACCAAGACUAUUCCUGGGUUGUCGCUAAGGGACGGGACACCCGUCGAGAUGUUUAUUCCGUCGUGGUGGCCUCGAAAGGAGGUGAAUAAAAUGCUUAAAGGCAACUAA